AUGAGCGAAGUGCACAAGGAGGACAAUACUAUAGCAUGCAAUCAUCAAAACACAAGGCGUUCAUCUACAGCAGGUGGCAACAAUACGUCCGAAAUUCGAAGAGGUACACCAGAGCCCAAAGCUGUCGACCCGAAGCCCGACGUUCACUCAAAGAAGUCUGAGCACGAUGAAGUUAUAAGUAUGCUUCUAAAGCAGUAUAAAGAUUACAAACAGGUUGAUCAGUGGUGUGAGACUAUAUUAAGCGAGCGGAGGAAAGGAACACCGAACGGCACUAGUCAUGGCCUUUAUAAAGUCGGUUUAGAACUUGAAAAAAUCAAGAAAGAAAUGGUUCAUUUUACUUUUGACAGUAAAAAACACGAGGAGAACUUCAAACGGGCAAAAGCAGAGAACCAGAAAAUGGAGACCAUUAUCAAUCGGGUUAACUACAAGUUAAUUGGGUCUAUAUUGGCAAGGAAUGCUGGCGAUUAG